AUGGCCGGAUCGGCGUUCUACGCGAUCUUCGGACGUCUGCAAUAUAACACCAGUGCCACACAGGAGGUCUGUGCCAUUCUCUACGGUGCCAUGGCGCAAAAUGCGGCCGAGACACUGACCAAGUCUGGGCACCCGGAGCGCAUCCCAGCAACAGUCCUGGCCCUCAUUAUGGCUGGAACAUCUCUGACCGGGCUCUGCAGUGUUCUGCUUGGCAAGCUGGGGGUGGGCAAGGUCAUGCUCCGAUUUCCUAGUCCUGUUACAAGUGGCUUUCUGGGCACCAUCGGCUUCUUCCUUGUGCGGACAGCUCUGCAAAUUUCUUCUGGUGUGCAGUUUCAGUACUUCUACCCUGUGAGCCUUGCGGACUUCUUCUCUCUGAAGAGCAUGGCACCUGUAUCCUGCUUGCUGGCCAUGGUACUUCUGAUUCGAAAUGGUCCCGGCUUGAUUGCAAAGAAAUGCGGUCAGAACAAGGCGAUCAUGAAGUUGUCUGGGCUCGGCUGCCAACUCCUCCCACUGGCUACCUUUUACCUUCUGAUACUGGUCUGCGGCAUACCUAUGCAAGCGCUCAGUGAGACUGGCUGGACCUUCCCCGCACAGGCAGGCCGAUCUUUCUGGGGCUUGUGGACUACCUAUAGUCUGAGCGAUGCAGAUGCUGCCGUCUUGCUGUCCAAUGUCUCUUCCAUGCUCAUGCUGGUUAUCAUGUCGGUGCUAUGUACGAUGACCGGUGUCCUGGGCAUCACUGGAAAAUUUGCAUCGGGCCCUGACGGAGACCCGGCGCCUAUGGAGGUGCUGGACUUCGACGCUGAGCUUACCACCGUGGGUUUUGGCUCCCUUUUGACAGGCCUGACCCAUGGCGUUGUUACCUUCCACCGCCUGGGUAGUUCCAUCCAGCUACGCAUGGAUGGCGGCACUCAUCGCCUGGCUGUUCUGACAUCCUCUGUCUUUGUGGGCAUCUUCUUCUUCACCAACGUGCCCUUGGGCCAUUUCAUCCCGAAGUUCUUCCUGGGCGGCCUCUUCAUGGGCAGCGGGGUGAGCUUCCUUGAGAGUGCCUUCCUUUCGUUUCGCAGCCUGGCGCCUCUCUGGGUGUUUGGCUACAGAUUACCUUCAUUGCAGUACUGGGUGACUGUGGCCUGCAUUCUUGUGGCCGCCCUCAGCUCACCCUUUCAAGGCAUUGGGGCUGGCUUAGCCCUUAGUCUGGGCAUCUUCCUCUACGACAGCACGCAGUCCUUGCCAGUGGACAGCAUGUCCACUGGAGACCGGACCAUGAGCCGCACGCGCCGGCCCUUCUGGGAGCUGGAGGCCUUGCACACUGAGGGACGACGCAUCUUGAUUCUCUACUUGCAGGGCCAGCUCUUCUUCGGAUCUGGCCAGACACUGGCAGCCAGUCUGGUGGAGACCAUUGAAGGGGCCCGCAGGCCUGUGCCGCCUGAAUUCUGCAUCCUCAGCUUCGGGAAGGUGUCAAGCAUCGAUGCCUCUGCUGCUGAACAGCUCAAGACUGCCGUGAAACGUGUGGCUACCCUGGGCUGCAAGGUUCUCUUCUGCCGAAUGAACUCGCAGGUCUUCGAGGCCCUCUCGGUGGGCUGCGUAGUGAAGUCCCCGGACGCCGACCUGCGCGAACUCCUAGGCCUGCACAUGCGAGGUGAUUCGUCGGACGACGGGAGCUGGCAGGAAUCUCCAAGCCCAGUUCCUGAGCUCAACGAGAUGGAAGCAAACAGCCCGACGGGUAAAAGUGACCUGAACUGUUGGGCAAAGAUGAGGCCAUUCAAACCAUUAGGACAGGAAGACUAUGAUGCCUUUGACGAUUUGACAGAUGCCCUCGACUACACGGGUGACCAAGUCCUGGAGAGAUACCUCUACAACGGCAAGCUGCAAACUUUCAUGCUGGAGUAUCGAGGAGCUUGCUCGACUGGGUCGCGUCUUGGCCAGGCUGCCUUUGAAGCCAUGAACCUGCUGCCCGCAGGCUUCCUUGGCCGGCUCCAGCCUCAUUGUGCCGUUGAGCGCAGCCUCGCAUCCGGACACCAUCUUCCUGGUUCGGAUGCGCUUUUCCUGAUACUGCAAGGCACCGACUUUUACAGAUCUUGA